CUCCAAAAAAAAAAAAAAAAAAGUAUUUAUUUCCCUCUCUUCUCGUGGCGCUUUAAAAAGCAUAAAACCAGAAUGCCCAACAUCGACAUGCACUGCCACCACCGUCACCGCCACCAAUACAACUAGACUCUAGACCCCAACUCUCUCUCUUUCUAAUGGAUUCCACACCUUCUCAGAAGAAUCUUCUCAGGCUACGAUGCUCAGUCCAAAACUACGACUGGGGUCUAAAGGGUCACGACUCUCGGGUCGCGCGGCUCUAUGCCCGGAACUCGGGGUCCGAGACCCGACCCGACAGCCCUUACGCCGAGUUAUGGAUGGGCACCCACGAGUCUGGGCCCUCGUUUGUGGUCCAGGCCCCACGCGCUUCCAAUGGCGUGUCGGUUGACGUUGACGAUGAUGUCGGUGUGAGCUUGAAGAAGUGGAUUUCGGAGAAUCCUAAUGUGCUUGGUGAUAAGGUUUUACUCAACUGGGGUUGUGAUCUUCCUUUCUUGUUUAAGGUACUUUCUGUGGCAAAAGCGUUGUCAAUACAGGCUCAUCCCAAUAAGGAGUUGGCAAGGGCGUUGCAUAAGGCACUACCAGAUGUGUAUAAGGACGACAAUCACAAGCCUGAGAUGGCUUUGGCAAUAACAGAGUUUGAGGCCCUUUGCGGGUUUAUCAGUAUUGAGGAGCUUAAGGGUGUGCUUUGUAAUGUUCCUGAGAUUGUAGAACUGGUUGGUAGUGCAUAUGCAAACCAAAUCUUGCAUAUUAAUGAGCAGGAUGGGGAGGAAAAAGUAAAAUCUGUUUUGCGGUCAAUUUUCACCCAGCUCAUGUCGGCUAGCAAAGAGAUGAUAACGAAAGUGUUAUCUAACAUAAAAAGUCGUCUGCAAAUUGAAAGUCAGGUGAGGAAAUUAACAGAUAAGGAGCUACUGGUGUUGCGGUUGGAAAAGCAAUAUCCAGCUGAUGUUGGUGUCAUAUCAGCAUUCUUUUUUAAUUAUGUGAAGCUUAAUCCUGGUGAAGCAUUGUAUCUUGGGGCAGAUGAACUGCAUGCAUAUGUAUCCGGUGAGUGCAUUGAAUGCAUGGCGACUUCAGACAAUGUUGUACGGGCUGGCCUUACUCCCAAGCACCGUGAUGUCAAAACUCUUUGUUCCAUGCUCACAUACAAACAGGGCUUUCCUGAAAUCCUGCAAGGAGUUCCUCUGAAUUCGUAUGUAAGAAGGUACCUGCCACCUUUUGAUGAAUUUGAGGUGGAUCGAUGUAUUCUUCCCCACGGGGCAUCAACAGUUUUUCCAGCAGUUUCAGGCCCUUCCAUUUUCCUUGUCAUGGCUGGGGAGGGAAUUAUGCAUGCGGGAUCAUCCAAAGGCGAAGUAGUUACUGAAGGAGAUGUUCUUUUUGCACCUGCUAACACUGAGAUUAGCAUUGAAAGUGAAUCAGAAUUGCAGCUAUAUAGAGCUGGAGUAAACGAUCGACUUUUUCAAGCCUCCUUAUAGUGCAAGAGCACCUUUUUUUUGCUUUAGGAGAAGUAAAUAGCUAAAUUAUUUUGCGCGGCUAAUGCUCUGCACUGUUUAUAAAUGUGUAUUGUGUAAUGACACUUGCAUUUUCAUGCAUGAGCGAUAAUAUAGUUAAAAAGAAUAAUAGUAAUAAGGAUCAUUACUUUGGUAGUGAGAUGCGGCAGGAUUUCUUAUUCUUCACGCAAUCCUGUUUCUGUGUUUUUGUCUAAUCUUUUGUUUCCCAAUGGAAAGUCUCAUCAAAUUCCCACCCUAAGUUAAAAGAAGGGGGGUUGAAACA